UGCACGACAAUGAUUCCGUCAAAUUUCAUUCGGUCUUGUUUCAUUCGCCGUUCUAGUUGCGGCGAUUUCCGAGUCAAUAGCGUCGCGUGCGAAAGGAAUGUCUUGUUAUGAGUGUCUGGACCUGCGAACUCCGUGUGGUUCACAAUAUGACCACGAUCGCCUGGUUUCCGAGAAAAAUGCGCGCGAGGAUCGCCGCACCGUCGACCCACAACGAACGACACUUCGCGGCUGAUUCCAUCGAGAUACAUCGCCGGCUCACACGCUGAAUGGCAGAGGUCCCGUGAUGGAGGACUACACGCCGAUUGAUGAGGACUUCCCGGGUCGGUUGCUGCACCAGGCCGCGCUCUGGGACAACGCUGAGUUACUGGAGGAUCUGCUGCGCGGCGAACACGCGCAAUACAUCAACAGUAAGGAUUCGUGGGGUAGGACGCCGAUGCACGCGGCCGCAAUCACGGAGAACUCCCGUUGCCUAGAUGUCUUGUUGACCGCUGGAGCUGAUCCGAACGUCACCUGCGGUCCCCGCGGUCAUCAUCGGACACCACUGCAUGUUUGUGCGGAACAUGGCCAUGCUGGUAACGUGGAGACACUAUUGAACUUUGACGCGGAUCUCAUGAUCCGAGAUGAUGACGGUUUGAAGCCUAUCGACAUAGCCGAGAAGAGCAGUCACGACUCCUGCAUUCAUCUCCUGAGAGCGGCGGCCGAGAAGUAUGAGCUUGCGAAACAAGCGACUCACGCUUCCUUACGUGCAGCUUGUAUUCAGGGUGACACUGUGGCCGCUCGGAAUAUCAUCCAGAGUUUGUCGACCGAUCUUGAAUGCGUGAUAAAUAUGGCGCCGAACGGCACCAACACGUUGCUCUUCGUUGCCUGCGAGAGCGGUCAUAAGGAUAUCGUUCGGCUGUUGCUGGAUCACGGUGCCGACUGCAGGAUCCAUCCGGUCACCAAAUAUUGUCCACUUUACAUAGCGUGUUACCACGGCAAAUUGGAGAUCGUCGAGCUGUUACUCCGACAUUUUCCCAAGCAGGUGCAACAGCUCACGGUAGAGCGCUGGCUGCCGAUUCAUGCGGCGACAAUAAAUGGCCACCACUUGGUGAUCGACGUAUUGCUCAAAUUUGAAUAUCCGCAGCAUGUCUAUCAACGCUACAGGGAUCCGUCCGGUGAGUUCGAAUACGAGUUACCGUUCGACAUCAACGCGCAAGACGUUACUGGCCAGCAUGCACUAUAUAUAGCUAGCAUGCUGGGCAACGUCAAAAGCGUCGAGCUAUUUUUGGGUUACCGAGUGAAAGCGAGGACGACCAAAGAAGAAGAUGGCGUGAAUGGCGCGCAACAACUUUCGGUGUCGAAGCGCAAGAUUUCCAGUGGUAUUCAGAGAUUGAUGUCGUCAUUGAAUUUCCGCAGUAAAGCGUCCACAGAUAAAAAGGACGAUAAAAUGAUAUAUCCGGUGAAUCUGGAUCUUUAUUGUAACAAUGGUAGCGAAACAGCAUUGCAUGUAGCCGUCAGAGGGAAACAUACCGAGGUGGUAAAUGCUCUUCUUCAAGCGGGCGCUAAUCUCGAAUUACCUGUCAAAAUUCCAUACGAUCAGAACGAUCCCGACGGUAGUUAUUCGAGCGUAUUGACGAUCGCAUGUCAGAAUCGCGAUGUGAAAAUUGCGGAUCUAUUGCUGAAACAUGGCGCCGUCGACAAUGAGUGCAAAGCGCUGAAAAUUGCUGCACAGAACCGUGACGAGGCGUUGACUGCGAAACUGCUGUCGAUCAAGGCUCAUCCGGAUUCCGAGUAUAAGAUCAAUAAGAAGGCGAUGACCGAAUGCACGCAGAGCUCACACUUCUCUGCUUUGUCAUCUUUCGGUCACGUCACUUAUUCCACGCUGUUUCCGAAAACGCCCACGAUGAUCAAUUGGCACAAUCAGCAGUGUCAUCUCUCGCAAAUCCGGUUACAGUGGUUGAUCGACGCAGUAUUGCAUGUCAACAAGAAACUGAGUUCGAAGAAUAAUGAUCUAGUGUUGUAUGCCAUCACGCGGAUUGACAUCUCUCUCAACUCCAUUACCUCCGUACCGUCUACCAUAUUCUAUUUACAGAGUCUGCGGUAUCUCAACAUGGCACAGAACAAGAUUGACACUCUGACGGCUGACUCGAAGAAUCCAAAGGACAAGCUGUGUCCUGUUCUGGAAGAGAUGUAUUUACAAGACAAUCGACUGGAACAGCUGCCAGAAUUCAUUAUGAACUUACCGGCACUUGAAAUUAUGGACGUGUCCAACAACAAACUGCAGUGUUUGCCACAGAAUUUAUGGCGUGCACCCAAGCUGAAGGAACUGAACGCCUCGUUCAAUCUACUGCGUGAUCUGCCCAGUCAGGCAUCGCAGAAUGUCUUAAGGAAAUCACAGCGAGGUGAAGAGGCACAACAAAAUGGUACCAACUUUCGCGGACUGGCUGCUGUGCCGCGAAUAGAGUCCAUGGAGUUCGACUCCUUCACAAAGAUCGCGAACGCACAGAUAAUCGAAAUGGAAAGGCCACAUGUAUGGAUCAGUUCGGUCCAGGUGUCGGAGAGGAUGACCGAUGACACGGAGAACGGUAAUAAAUCAGUAUUAGCGUCAUUGAAUCUCGCGCACAACCUUUUUAACAGCAUUCCCGUGGCGUUGCCAUGUUUAGCGGUGAGCUUAGUGCGACUAAACAUGGCGUACAAUUCUCUACGCUCGAUGAGCCACAUUACUUCAUAUCCAGCGAGCUUAAAACAGUUGGACCUAUCAAACAAUCAGAUCACGCGAUGGCCCAGUCUACCGCAAGUGGACAGCUCUGACAGUAUGGAACAGGCGAAUACAGCCUGUUAUUGUCCGGCUGUCAACACACAAUCGCCUAGUAUUGUGCCCGGUAAUCGACAAACGCCCACAUCGAUGCGUGAUAUUGUAUUGCAAUCGGUAUGUGUACAUAGACGGCAUCUACGACUGGAGAACCUGCGCACGCUGAUCUUGGCGAACAAUCUACUGAAUCGUAUUCAGUUGACAUCAUGCGACGAUGGUGAGAUGCCAUACUUAGAGGAAGAACGCGGGGAUUCAGAUAGAGAUCCAAAGAUCGGACAUUCCGGAUCGAAGCUGUACUUGCUCUUUCCCAAUGUCAGUAUGUUGGAUAUCAGCAAUAAUCAAUUACGCGAGAUACCGCACAACAUCUACGAGCUAAAUAAUCUAUCAGUGCUGAACAUUAGCGGCAACAAUGAGAUUGUUGAGUUGCCACCACAGAUGGGUUUGCUGAGUCGCCUGUGGAAUCUUAAUACACAAGGCUGCCGAUUACAGGAACCACUCAAAUCAAUGAUCGAAUCAAAGAAAUACAAGACGAUGGACGUGAUCGGUUACCUAAAGUCUAUCCUGGAAGACGCAAAGGCGUAUGCGCGCAUGAAAUUGAUGAUCGUUGGUAUUCAAGGAAUUGGCAAGACGAGUCUGCUGGAGCAAUUACGACAGGAGGGCGAAGUACCGAACAAGAAAAAGGCAUCCGAGCACUGGGCCAAACGGAUGGGUAAUAAAAACAUCAACGCGAAAACUGCCAAGGGUACGACCAUCUCGACCGUGGGUGUGGAUAUUGGUGAUUGGAUUUACGAGAAGAAAGUGCGCGGACAAUCGUCCCACGGACCGGUUUACUUCAGGACCUGGGACUUUGGCGGUCAACGCGAAUACUACGCGACGCAUCAGUAUUUUUUAUCAAAGCGCAGUCUAUAUCUAGUCGUGUGGCGGAUCACGGACGGUUUCAAAGGCGUCUCCGAGAUCUUUCAAUGGCUAGUGAACAUUCAAAGUAGAGCGCCUAAUUCGCCGGUUAUCAUUGUCGGCACACAUUACGAUGUUUCUUAUGAGCACAGCGAAGGCCUGCAACAAUAUAUUCGCGACAAAUUUAUUAACGUGGUCGAUGCUGAGAAGUGCGGUCUACCCAAAGUCAUGGAAACAAUCGAAGUGAGCUGCAAGACGCGUCAUAAUAUUAAGAUGUUGUGCAAUCUUAUCUAUGACGUUGUCUUCAGUUUGAGAUCGCCUGGCAGCAAGGAAUUGUUGCUGGAACAGAAGGUUCCGGCGAGUUAUUUGGCGUUGGAAGACGUAGUGAUCCAACUGGCGCACGACAGGAAACUGUCCGGCUUGGAUCCGGUGCUAAAGGCCGAUCAAUAUUAUGCAGCGGUUAAUAAUGAACUUCAGAAGUUGCACAGAUCCUUCAGAGACCCUGCCGAGUUACAUCAAGCGACGUUAUUCUUGCACGAGAACGGGAUAAUCCUUCAUUACGAUGACGCAACAUUGAAAGAUCUCUAUUUCUUAGAUCCGCAAUGGCUCUGCGACAUGUUAGCUCACGUGGUCACCAUAAGGGAGAUCAACCCGUUCGCCAGGUCAGGUAUAAUGAAACUGGACGAUAUUCAACACGUAUUCAAAUCCUCCACGAUAUCAUCGAUUGAUACCCAAGGCUAUAUUGUUAGCUUGCUUAACAAGUUUGAGGUUGCUUUGACAUGGGAUUGCCGCACGCUACUGAUACCAUCUCUCUUACCAACUGAAGAAGAUAUUUUGCGCAAUAAUCAGAUAAUCAAGGUGCCAGUGAAGACGCGCGGUUGGCAUGUACGUGUGAAGAAGAUCACGUCGCCGAUGUUCGCGUGCUUGAGUGCGCUAACCAGUGACAAUAAAAAUAAUGCCGAAUGCGUGCUCACGUCGAGAUCGCAGCCCGAUUGUUCUGUCACUAGACUAUUACUUAUGUCAUAUUUUCCCAGUGGUUUUUGGUCCCGACUGAUCACUCGAAUCCUCGCGGAUGAUGCCAUUGUCGAUAUCGUCAUGUCGUUUCUAGCGCCAUUCAAAGAUUUUGUCGACGACAAUAUUUUCGCUAGUUUGCUAGAUCUACAGGCCGAAUGGGUGCUCUGGCAGACGGGGAUUGAACUGCGAUACUCGGGCAUUACCUUAUUACGUCUAAAAGAAGUCUGCUAUAAUCUAAAGAACUCGCCGUACGAUUACAGACAAUUUAAGUUCAAGUUAAAACAAGAUGGUAUUUGGUGCACAGUGGAUCUGAAAAAUUCCGCCAUUCUAGAAAUUUGGUUUCCAGUUGAUACCCUGGUGAUUAAGCAGCCCAUCAUGUCCGAUUCUGUGGACGAGGAACCGAUGGGCUACCAAGCGAUCGUGGUAGAGCCACGGCCAGAAAGUAUGCCACAGUUGAUGGCAUUGAUCGUCGAUCACAUCGACAUCUUACUGGAAGAUUGGUAUCCGACACUAGGCACGCGUUUCGUCCACACAUCGGAAGGUAAACUGCUAGUCACAAGAUUGAUACCGUGUCCGCGUUGUUUACUCGGCAACACCGAGAAUGGCGAUGGCGAAUCAAGCGACAGCGAUGGUCGACUGAUCGAAGACAUCCAGAAGUACUGCGCCAUGAAUCGCACCGAAAGGCAGAGUCAGGACAGCUACAAGUCCGACGGUGAUAGCGGUGUCGGUUAUGAUAGUCUGACGUCCAGCAGAAUGCCGUCACUCGAGGGACAUCCGGAUAUGUCAAAGCAACAGAACUUGAAUCCCGAGAAUACUCUUGCAUACUCUUGGAUGGUGGAGGAAUGCAUACUGGCAGCGUAUAGCAACAAACCUAUCAGUUGUCCGAAGCAUUCGGAGAUUCCGUUGUCGCACGUCGCGCCAGACAUCAUCUUCAUGGAUUUGGGCGUCAAACACCUGAUUAAGUCGGAGGAUUUGAAGAGGGGCAAGUUAUUAGGUCGUGGCGCCUUUGGUUUCGUCUUUCGUGGCAGCUGCCGACUACCUGGUACGCAUGUCCGCACCGACGUGGCCAUCAAAAUGUUGCAACCAGUCUCGCCGGGUCCAAAUUCUACGCAAUCGGCAAUCCUUGCAUACAAAGCAUCACAAAGUAAAUGGGACCGUGACCCGCUGCAGUACGCUUGCAAAGCGUAUUGUAUGGCGCGUCAAGAGCUCAAUAUUUUGCUAACACUCAGGCAUGCUAAUAUCGUGCCGCUAAUAGGUAUAGUCGUCAGUCCUCUGGCUCUUGUAUUGGACCUGGCACCUCAAGGCGCGUUGGAUGCCGUUCUGAAGAACUAUCGUCGUUCCGGUGCUAAAUUAGAUCCUUAUACGCUUCAGGCGAUAAUCCUUCAGGUCGCUAAGGCUGUGGAGUAUCUACAUCAGCAACAUGUCAUUUACCGCGAUCUCAAAUCAGAGAACGUAUUGGUGUGGCAGAUGCCGUUACCAUUUCAAGAGAAUCCGGAACCGGCGCACGUCAAAGUCGCUGAUUAUGGUAUUUCGAGACUGACGCUGCCUACAGGAGCGAAAGGUUUUGGAGGCACAGAAGGCUUCAUGGCGCCUGAGAUCAUCAGAUACAAUGGCGAGGAGGAAUAUACGGAGAAGGUGGAUUCGUUUUCAUUCGGCAUGUUCAUCUAUGAGCUUAUCACACUGCGUCAACCAUUUGAGGGCCACGAGGCGGUGAAGGAGUGCAUUUUGGAGGGCGGUAGACCACCGCUCAUGUACCGUGAGACUUUCCAUCCAUGCUACGCGCUCGAUUUGAUGGUGAUAUGUUGGGCACAGAAUCCGAAGGAUCGACCAACUGCCAGUCAGAUUGUCUCAAUUGCCUCCGCGCCCGAGUUCACGCAUUUGAUAGAUGUUACUCUGUUGACAGAACGCACGCAGGUGACUGCGGUCACCAUGACUAAUCAUUGCGGUAGCAGCGGGUCAAAUGAUGCAACAGAAAAUCUAAACAGCGAUGAGAUCUGGUUUGGACACAAUAAUGGUGAAGUAGACAUGCUGUUAGGUACUCAAAAGGGCUGGCUGCGCCACGUACGCAUUGAAACACCUGUGAUACCGUACGCUAUGUGCGGCGUAGAUGGCUAUAUCUGGAUUGGCGACAAUGCCGGUCAGAUACACGUCUAUUUAUGCGGUAACUUUGGUUGUGUGGCCAGUUACAGUCUGGAGGCAGAUCACAGUCGAGAAUCUAAAGUAGUCGGGCUGAUUCACCUGGAACAGUUGAAGCAAUUUGCUGUGGCUUUGCACAGUGGCCGGAUCUUUUUGCUAUCCAACACGUUCAUGCAGAUGAAGAAGACUGAGAUCACUGGCGGCAGCAAUGGCACGGAAAUGACGCGCCACAAUACUGACAUCAAGACCUAUUCGCUUGCCGCAGUCUGUCGCAAGAGACGUGUGCUGGAGCUCUGGGCUGGCCAAAGUUAUGGCCGGAUAUCCAUUUACACUUUAAAAGAUGGCAAUCUGGCUGACACGACGCAGCUGUCUCACUGCUCCGCCAAUGACGCCGCGAUGAAGAAUCUGUUUGCCACGUAUCUGAUCGGCGUGACAACCGAGAGUUUCAUUUUCUCGUACACAUAUCCAGGCUGCGUCGUAUAUCAAUGGGACGUAGACAGCCGACAGAUCAUCAAUAAACUUGACAUGUCUAAACUGGUACCAUGUUCCGAGUCUCUCAAGUCCAUCGCUAUCGAGGAAAAUUUAUCGACGGAAAAGUGUCAGGUGACUGCACUCGAAGCCAGCUGCGGUCAGUUAUACAUCGGCACUACCUGGGGCUGCAUCGUCGUUGCCGAGUGCGGUACCCUUCGUCCUGUCACUGUGUUCCGGCCGUUCGAGGGCAAAGUCUGCCAGAUUGUGUCCCUCAAAUCCACCGACAAAAGGAAGACAGUACUGGCGACUGUCGGACAGGGAUAUCGCAGCCUGAUCGCGCGAUAUACUGACUUCUCUUUGAAGAGUCUGGAGAACGAGGAACUCAGGCACGGUAUGUACACCCUGCUUUGGAGAUCGGAAAAUUGGUCGGCAGCUUGAUUCCCUCGGAGAUCGUAAGGUCCACAUCCUCAGGUGCAUUUGACGAUCGUUUUUUAGCAUUACACGCGAUCCGUCUGACUUUAUCUUAUACAAAAAUAAUGAUAUAAUAAAUAAGUUACAUUUAAUACAGAAUGCGUAGUGAAAAGACAGAUCUACUCUGGUCCAGUCAUUUUUCAAUGAGUACCGAUAAAAAGUUUUCAUUGUAUGAAAAUUCGGUACCAAUAUACGAAUGAUUAUAAUUUGAUAUGGCGAAAAUUCGAAGAGCGAUGAAGUUCGUGAUGAGAUCACACGGUUCUCUUUUUCGGCAACAUAAUACCGGAAGUGCUUAAGUGGUGCGAGAUUCAAUUGAGCAAUAUAUGGGUUCAGCAGUGAAUCUUAUACGUCCAAUAUUAUAGUAUCUAGUACGUAAAGGAUGUCGAUUGCGCUAAUAAGUGUGCUCGAGAAAGAAUAUUAUAAAGAAAUAUUUAUAAAGAAAAAGGAAAUGACAUUACACGGAAUUCGAGUUUUCCCACGAGUACUCUUAUUAACGAAC